AUGUCACAAAUACUCUCUGAGCAAGAAUUCAAAGAUCAAGUCGUCUCUUUAUACACUGACGUUGUCGGUGAAAAAGUCGGAGGUUCAAUAGUAAAUUUCAGUGAUGAAUGGUUUGCAGCUGCUGAAAAUUUAAUUAAACCAAAAGCCCCAAUUAGAGAUGCUACCAAGUUUGUCUAUUCUGGUGCUUGGUAUGAUGGUUGGGAAACAAGAAGACAUAAUACUGAAGAAGCUGAUUGGGUUACUAUAAAAUUCGGUGUUUCAAGUGCCAAAAUCAUUGGAACUGAAAUUGAUACUGCUUUUUUCAAUGGGAAUCAUGCUCCUGCAAUUACAGUGGAAUGUACUCAUCUUGAAGAAGGUCAAUCUUUAGACCAUGCUAAUUGGGAUUUAGUUAUUGAAAAAACUGAAUGUGGUCCAUCUCAAAGACAUUUCUUCAAAAGAUCAUCAAUUACUGAAAAAUCUUAUACUCAUGCAAGAUUAAAACAAUAUCCAGAUGGUGGUAUUGCAAGAUUUAGAUUAUAUGGUGAAGUUGUCCCACACUUGGAUUCCAUUAAAGCUAAUAGUAUAAUUGAUUUAGCUUCAGUAGGAUUCGGUGGUGUUGCUGUUAAAUGUUCAGAUCAACAUUUUGGUAGUGCAGAUAAUUUAUUAUUACCAGGUCGUGGUCAUGAUAUGAGUGAUGGUUGGGAAACCAAGAGAUCAAGACAACCAGGCCAUGUGGAUUGGGUUAUCAUUAAAUUAGGUGCUAAAACCAAUAUUAAUGAAAUUGUUAUUGAUACUGCACACUUUAGAGGUAACUUCCCUCAAAAGAUUGCGAUUGAUGGUUUAUCAACAAAUGAAGUGAUUCCAACUCAUGAUGAUUCAAAAUGGGUCUCAAUAAUUAAACCGACAAAGACAACUGCAGAUAAAGAACAUUCUUUCACUGAACUUGAAAAUAUUGAUCAAUCUUAUACCCAUGUCAAAUUAACAAUCAUCCCAGAUGGUGGUGUUAAAAGAGUUAGGGUAUUGGGUACUAUUGCUAAAUAG